CAUAUUUUUAAACAUAUUAUGCUUUCACCAAAUGUUUUAUGGUUGCUAAAAGAAAAUAUUAUACUCAAUUUAGAAAAUGUCAUAGUUUUGAGCGUCACUAGUGGAAAAUCUUAAAAGAAAACUAAAAUGGAAGGUUUUAAAUUGAUAAAAACAACGUUUGAAAGUAAUAAGGAAAUUGUUGGAGUAAAUUUUCAUGGUGAUGAUAGUUAUUAUUUAUUUUUGGAUGAGGUUAGAAAAACGUACAAUUUGCCGGAAGACUACGAAAUACAAGUUUACUCCAAGGAAUUUAUAAUAAGGCCCAAUAUUUUUACAAGCUUUGUGGCACAAUACAUUAGUAAUUUGGAUUUUGUUUUGGAUAUUAAGGGGAAAAUCCCUCUUAAAAGAUGUCAUACUUCCACAACUGCAUGUGAUUCUCAAAAAUAUCUUCAAAAAGUCUUAGCUCAACAACUUCAUGCGAUUCCCCACCAUUACCAUUAAAUAUAGUAGCUGUAGAGAGAUGUCGUACACCGACAACUUUGUGUGACUCCCAACAAAUAUCCUCAGCAACUGAUAUCGCCCAAAGGAGUACUACUCCCUCAGCAUCAUAUGAUUUGCAACAAUUACUUUCGAACCCCGCGGUUAAUUUGCAAACAAUACCAUCAAAUUGUGUA